AUUUUCAUUUUGAGAUUACGUUCACCAAGGGAUAUUAGCCUUUCUCAGUUAAUACAUGCUGACUUAAAUUUGUGUCGUUUUGAACUUGUCUUCCCAUUUCAAUUUUACAAUCAGGAUGGAUUAAGAAAUUAACAUUUUUUCGGUGGAGCUUUUCUAUUUUUACUGAUGCUUCAGACGUUUGUGAUGAUAUGGCGACAUCUGGAACACUUUCUCUCGUUUUGAAUUCCAAAGGUUGAAAACAGAACGAGAUAAAGUAGCAUAGCAAAACAGGUAUUUAGAGAGCUUAGGAAACAUCAAGGGCGCACCCUUAACAUGCCAAUGCAGCAGUUUGCACUUUGUUUCAUAAUUAGCGCUUUAGUCACCAACUUUUGUCUGCAACAACAAUAAAUGACUGAGAAACAGUAGAUGCAGUGUGAUAGGAAGGACAAUGACUGCAAAAUGUUGGAGUUGGAAACGUUUACGCACUGCGCUGGACUAAAAUCGUAUACACGACUUUACCUGUGCGCACUAACUGAAAGUUGUAAAUCGGUAGGCGGCGCACGCUCAUGCCAUAUGCUUUUUACUUCCUCACUUAAUUUUAUCAGAAAACAAUACAGGAAGGAGAAGAGGUCGUCGGCACCAACCAACACGGUCUGUUGAUUCACGCAAUUUUCCGGACUUCGGUACUGUGUACACUGGUUCAGGCUUCUUUUGGGUGACAGAUCCAGCUUUUUAAAGUUUAGUGUACGAAAUCAAUGUGUAGUACACGUUAGCACAACACCUCACAGUUAGUUAGCUAUUAGAGUUUAUUUUGGUUAGGCCUUUCCAAGUUUUUUCCAAGUUUAAUUUACUAUACGCUGACGUUGUUUUUUUGUAGAGGGGGUUUUAGGAACAGACUGACGUUUUUCUGAUCCUCACCGCGGAGUCAAGACAUCGACCAAUCAGUCACUCAACCCGAUCAGCUUCGAUUCACCUGGAAGUAUUAAUUGUAAACAAUGAUGAAGCUUAGCCGGCAAUUUACAGUUUUUGGCAGUGCCAUAUUUUGUGUAGUGGUAUUUUCAUUAUACCUGAUGCUGGAUCACCUGCAAUUAGACCAUACCAAAAGUCCAAACGGUGGGGAUAGAUUACAAAAUGGUCAGUUGUCCAUCCUGCAGGACAAGAUUGACCGCUUGGAGAGACUACUGGCAGAGAACAAUGAGAUCAUAGCCAACAUCAGGGACUCCGUAAUAAACCUAAAGGAGUCGGUCAAGGAUGGCAGAGGUGGUCCUGACAGUGGGAACAUGAGUCAAGGGCCCUACCCGGAUCUGUUGGUGUCGCCUCCACUGGUCCUUCCCAUAGACUCCCAAGACUGUCAGUUUGCGGCAAGACAGUUCUCCAAGCCUGCAGAUGGUGUGCAGUUGCUGGAUGUAUAUGACCUCCUGACCUUUGACAACCCUGAUGGAGGAGUGUGGAAACAGGGCUUUGACAUCACCUACCAGGAGAAUGAAUGGGACAGCGAACCACUACAAGUAUAUCUUGUCCCCCACUCACACAAUGAUCCUGGAUGGCUGAAGACGUUUGACGACUACUACCGGGACCAGACUCAGCACAUUCUCAACAACAUGGUGGUGAAGCUAAACGAGGACAGUCGCAGGAAGAUGAUCUGGUCCGAGAUCUCCUACUUUGCCAAGUGGUGGGACAAUAUCGACAACCAGAAGAGAGACGCUGUCAAGAGUCUGGUUGAGCGAGGCCAGUUGGAGAUUACAACGGGCGGCUGGGUGAUGCCCGAUGAAGCCAACUCACACUAUUUUGCAUUAAUUGACCAGCUAUUGGAGGGACACCAAUGGCUGGAGAAAAAUUUGGGAGUGAAACCUCAGACGGGCUGGGCUGUGGACCCAUUUGGCCACUCUCCUACCCAGGCGUACCUGCUGAAACAAGCUGGCCUGGCCAACAUGCUUAUCCAGAGGGUGCACUACUCCAUCAAGAAACAUUUUGCCAGUCAGAAGACGCUGGAGUUCUUUUGGAGACAAAACUGGGACCCAGCCUCCAGCACGGACAUGCUAUGUCACAUGAUGCCUUUCUAUAGUUACGAUGUUCCCCACACGUGUGGUCCUGACCCUAAGGUUUGCUGCCAGUUUGACUUCAAAAGGCUUCCUGGUGGGCGGGUCAGCUGCCCCUGGAGGAUCCCCCCUCAGCCAAUCACGGAUGUAAAUGUACAACAAAGGGUUCAGAUGCUGCUGGACCAAUACAGGAAGAAGUCCAAGCUGUUCCGGACUAAGGUGUUGAUGGUCCCCUUAGGGGACGAUUUCCGUUACACAGAGGCCCUCGAGUGGGACCAGCAGUUCCAGAACUACCAGAAGCUUUUUGACUACAUGAACUCUCAUCCAGAACUGCACGUUAAGGCUCAAUUUGGCACCAUCUCUGAUUACUUCGGUGCUCUUCGGAAGUCGGCCAUGGACCCUGGGCACGCGAGCCUCUCUUUACCGGUGGUCAGCGGAGACUUCUUUACCUACGCAGACAGAGAUGACCACUACUGGAGCGGCUACUUCACCUCCCGACCCUUCUACAAACGCCUGGACCGCAUAUUGGAGUCGCACCUCAGGGGUGCUGAGAUUCUCUUCUCCCUCGCCCUGGCCAAUAUUCAGAGGGCUGGGAAGCCGAAUGGUUUUCCAUCUGUGGAGAGCUACAGACUGCUCACGGAAGCCAGGAGGAACCUGGGUCUCUUCCAGCAUCACGAUGCGAUCGCAGGCACCGGCAAGGAGUUGGUAGUGAUUGACUACGGUACCAGGUUGUUUCAUUCCAUUUUGAAUUUGAAACAAGUGAUGGUCAACUCCGCUCACUGGCUGAUACUGAAGGACAAAAAUGCAUACAGUCACAAUCCCUCAAAGGCCUUCCUACAAAUGGAUGACGUCCAGCCUGCUCAAGAUGCCCUGCCACGAAAAACCGUCCUGAAAAUCAGCUUGCAGCCUAGAUCUGUGGUAAUCUACAACCCCACGGAGCAGGACCGGAUGUCAGUGGUGACUGUGUAUGUGAACACUCCCCAUGUACGCGUGGACACGUCCCACAGUCAUCCCAUCCCUGCUCAGGUUAGCGCAGUCUGGGAUGACGCCACCACAGCCUCCACAGAGGCCUUCCAGCUGUCAUUCGUAGUUCAGGUGCCAGCACUUGGUCUUGGAGUCUACCACCUGAGCAAGGCCGAGGAGGGCGGGGCGGAGACUGCCCAGUACCUCUUCCUGAGGCAGGGUGGCGAGCUGUCCCUCAGCGUGAAGCAUUUCACCGUCAACAACCCCCAGGACGACACCACACCCGUCAGCAUCCACAACCCCCACCUCCAGGUCUGGAGCUCCGCCACCACCGGGCUGAUGGAGAGAUUGAAGCUGAAGGAGGACGGCUCAGAACACCGGAUCAAGGUGGAGUUUGCGUGGUAUGGUACCACCAGCAGCAGAGAUAAAAGUGGAGCCUACCUGUUCCUGCCCGACGGAGAAGCCAAGAUGUACUCUCCCGCUCAGUCUCCAGUGAUCAGGGUAACCAAAGGUUCUGUGUUCUCUGAGAUCACCACUACCUUCGAUCAUGUGACGCACACUCUACGCCUGUAUAAUGUCCAAGGUGUGGAUGGCCAGGCAGUGGAGAUAUGUAACUCGGUAGACAUAAGAGGGGAGUUCAACCGUGAAAUUGCAAUGAGGUUAACAUCAGAUCUUGACAGCAAGGAUCGAUUCUUCACCGACCUCAACGGAUUCCAGAUCCAACCGAGAAGAACCAUGGCCAAGCUUCCCCUCCAGGCAAACUUCUACCCCAUGACCAGUAUGGCCUACCUUCAGGACUCCGGUACAAGAAUGACCUUGCUCUCCGCUCAGUCCCUGGGCUCCGCCAGCCUCAAGAGCGGCCAGUUGGAGGUGAUCAUGGACCGUCGGCUGAACCAGGACGAUAACCGCGGGCUAGGCCAGGGUGUCCUUGACAACAAAGUUACCUCCAACUCCUUCCGGCUGCUACUGGAAAAGAGGGCCAAGACCGACAAUGAGGGGGAGAAACCUUCACCCCUCAGCUACCCAUCCAUGCUAAGUCAUGUAUCCUCACUGUACUUGAACCAUCCUCUGAUCCCCAUGGCAGUCAGCACUGAAGCAGGCUCCCUGUCUCUGACCCGCUUCAGCCCGCUGGCCUCAUCACUGCCCUGUGACAUCCACAUGGUCAACCUACGCACUAUCCAGUCGAAGGAGGAAGGGGGUGGCCCGUCAGACGAGGCGGCUUUGAUUCUGCACAGAAAAGGCUUUGACUGCGCCCUCUCCAAUAGGAACACAGGCCUCCUAUGUGCCACCACGCAGGGGAAGAUCCGCACAGAGAAGCUGUUUUCCAAUCUGAGACUCGGGAGCAUCGCCGCCGUGUCCCUUACUCUGAUGCACCAGACCGAGGGGGGGUCGAGCCAGGAAGAAAUCAGCCUUAAACCAAUGGAGAUCAGUACAUUCCGCGUGCAGCUGACAUGAGCGCUGGCCAGAGAGCCUAAUGAGUGACUGCCGUGGCAUGCGCCCAACAUCCGGCCUCUGUUCCUGUGCUGAGAAAAAAUAAACCACACUGUAAGCCAGGCUACACAGAAGCCUGGAUUUAAAUGACAUUCUUCAAACAGUCAGAAGGAGAGAAAUAUGUAGAGGGUUAGAAAGAAGAGGGAGCUGGACAAGGAAACGUAACUUACUUUAAACAUUGUUCUAAAAGUGCAAUAUGAUUGUCAUAAAUGAUAGGAGUACAGUAUCCCUAGUUUCGGUCUCAGGUUCUGAAUGUGUUGCUGACUAACAUCAUGUUGAAAUUUCACUAACUUGCUCUUUAAAUAGGCUGCACGUUCAGACAUUUUCCCACAAAUAUGAUUUUUACAAUGUGAUUCUUCAAUUACAGGAAAUAUUGCUUGCCUGCUUGAAAAUCUGACAGUCAAUUAAUUCUAAAUGUUGUUUUUAUAUUUUGCAGCGAUUAGCAGUUAUUUAGGAGAUAGUUGAUUUCAUGUGGAAUGCUGUUUUUAUUUUUCCAAAGACCAAAUAUGUGCCUUAUUUCUCAGUUUUAUAAUGAGCCCCAUGUAGAAAUCUUUGUUGUUCCCUUUGGUUGAAAUGUUCUUCACGAUCUGCCAUUGACACAAAAUAACUGCAGCUAACAGUUGAUGUGACAUUACAUGAAUUAAUAUGGGUCUGUUAUUGUGACCUUCCAGUGUCUUGUACUAUGUGAUAUUUUACACCACUAUAAAAAUGUUUGAUGAUAUCCUAGGUGCCCUCUAUGGCUUCAGCAGAGAUUUGCAAUGUUCUCACUUUAGGCAAUGCUACUUGGGUUUUGAUGCACCUCUCGGUAAGGCGCUUGUCAGACGUUUUGUUCAAAGAUGUAUCAAUCCUGAAGCAAUGCAAUCCAUCAAGUAAAUCCAUGAUGUGCACUGACUGUUAACUUCAAGUGGUCACAAUGGAUAAAUCCCAAAUGGACAAAAGUAUGUAAAACAAAAGUUUGCCGACUAAAUAGUGUAACCUGAUUUUGGAACACAGGAUUUAGGUGUUGAAUAGAGCAGGUUUAGUAUAAUCUUCGACAGGUAAAAUUGGAGUCCAUCAAUUUAUAGAACAGAUCAAACCAAUUGCUACAAUAGACACAAAUAAAAAAAUAAUUGCAUUUCAGUUAUUCUCAUAUUUAAGAUGUACAAUCAUAUGUAAUUUCAUUCCUGACAUACAUUCUGUUACUAUAGCCAAAAGGGUAAAACUGCUUGCUUACAACUCCCAUAUGACACAUGCCAAAGGUCACGAACCCUGUAAUUUGUGCUUUCUGUGGGGGUUUUUUGUGUGUUAAUUCCGUUCUUCCUUGUGAACUUGGGUAGCACAUGCAAUGCCUUAAACUAGUACCCUGACUGAGCCAUUUUCAAAUCCACAUUAACAUGUUACCAUGGGUUUUUACUAUUACUAUACUUUUUCAAAAAGGGGGGUGUUGAUGGGGCAUUAAUGUUAUGGCAGCAUACCUACCUAUUGUGGUGGUCAAACUGCCACUUGUAACAAAUAAGGAUUCCUGGGUCAUAGGAAGCUGUAUAUUUUGUAAUGUGUGUUUGUGUUAAUGUAAAUGAAUGUGGAAACCGUUGUCACGUCUUGUUUCUAUGUCAAUGGGAAUGUCAAAUAGUUGAAUAAUUGUUUUAUCACAUUUGAUUAAAUCUGAUCAAAUAUUUUUUUGACUUACUAUAAUUGAUGGAAGUCAACUUUGAGACAAAAGCUAACUGAGGAUAAUUUAAAAUCAAAAGCAUAUUUGAGAAACAUUUACUUGGUAUAACAUUGAAUAGUUGUAUUGUCUGUCUUUAAAACUGAGGACCAUGAAAGGAUGUUAUGUACAAAUCUCUGCCAAUGAUGCUUGUUGAGAUGUACAUUUUGUUGGAAUUCUUCCUUUAAAUGUAAUAUAAUGGGACAAUAAAAAAAAUAAACUUUUGCAAAUU